UUUUCACAUUAAACGAUCAUUUUAAGGGCGAACCAAUCAAACUGCAAAUUUAUACAAAUUGAUACUAAACGGGUUAUAUUAAUUUUAUAACAAAAAUUAAGUGUGUAAAUAAGUUUCAACGGAGUCGUAAUUAAACCUAAUUGGGUAUAAUAUAGCGCUAAUUAUUUUGUAUUAAGGCGGGUUUUCGCUGGUAUUUUGUCCUUUUUGACGUUACUUGUGAGUGUUCGAGGAAUUUUUUGAGAUAGUGAUUGACUGGUUAAGAUGUUUUUUGGUUUUCUGUGUUGGGGUUCGGGAAUCGGACAGUAAUUUGAUGGUUGAAGUGUUGUAGUGUAGGUUAAAGUGUUGGUUGCGGAUAUUGACAGUGGUUUGCGGUGGAUUGUCGGUGAAGAUGUCGGCAUAGGGGGCGGCCAAGGCUGGCCUUUUGAGGCCAUGCUUAACAACCUCACGGCGACAGCUUUAGGAGGUGGCAUCCACCAACAGCACAGUGGGGGGCACAUGGCGACGGUGCCGGUCAGCAUGUCCUCCUCGGCGUCAGACAGCGACAAGCCGACCAAGCAAAAGAGGCAUCGGACUAGGUUCACACCAGCACAACUGAACGAGCUAGAGAGAUGUUUCUCGAAGACCCACUACCCUGAUAUCUUUAUGCGGGAGGAGAUCGCAAUGAGGAUCGGGCUCACGGAGAGCCGAGUACAGGUCUGGUUCCAGAACCGCCGGGCGAAGUGGAAAAAGCGCAAGAAGAGCACCAACGUGUUCCGAUCUCCAGGGGCGCUCCUGCCCUCCCACGGACUCCCGCCCUUCGGGACUGGAGACGUCUGCAGUCCGGGGGUGUUCGCUGACCGGCCCUGGUCCAUGCCUGCAGGUCUCGGCCAGCUAUCCCAGGGUGGUGUGUCUAUGGGGGGCUUCGGAGCGGGCACGCUGCCCCAACUAGCGGCUGAUCUUAACCCAUCGCUUCCCAUCAGUUCUGUGGCCUCUGGGCAGCCAUACCAAGGCCACUACCCGCUGAAUUCGCUGGGUGAUACAAUGAUGUCGUACUGCAACAACAUCAGUGGUGGUCAGCAGGCUGGCGGACCGCUAGAGGGCUCUCCCACUCCUCCUCACAUGCACUGCGCCAACAACAACGCGUCGCCUACAGCUUCAGGUAAUGGAGGCGAACCAGCUGAAGAAGAAGUAUGGCGUGGCCACAGCAUCGCUGCGCUCAGACGCCGAGCAUCGGAGCUCUCCGCGGCCAUACCACCGUAUCUCCAACUAAACUACGACGCACACAGCCCGGUGUACUGACCGUGUGACUUUCGAUCGAGCGGCGUUCGAUCGAGCGAUUUCCUCGUUCAACCGGACGACGGACAACGAGACAUCGACAGAGUUGCUAUCCGUCACUGUUUGAAUGAUUUUUCAAACAGACCGGUUUAUUAAAGUUUUUGUUUUCGGAUUUAUAUUAAUAAAUCUGAGGUAUAAGUAAAGAUGCUGGAUUGUUUUAUGACACAUACAGAACAGUUUCUGAACACAAAAACAAUACUUUACUUAUAAUAAUAUAAAAAUAUUGAAUAAUCGAUUCAGUAGUUGAAGUAUGCAUGAAAUGCCCAAAAAUAAUACCCGUGUUGCGUUACAUUGGAAGUAACAUUUUCAGAACGGUUUAGAACUUAAUGAAAUAUUGUGAUACGGCUUUGGUAAUCCUAAUCUCUAAAACUCAGACUAUCGAUGUAUACGAUCUAUCAAUUUAUAUUGGAAUGUAACAGUUUAUUAGCACUUACCUACUCGUAUCUUACAAAUCUUUAUUAAACAAAGACGUGUUCAAAUAAUUGUGUAAAAUACAAUCCCAAUCUUAAAGGAUUGUAUUUAGGGACAAUAUUUGCAAUGAAUUCUUCGAAGAACAAGGAAGAAAGUCCGA